AUGGGGAAGAAGAGAGGCGAAGAAAGCCCUAACCCGAGCGAGCUGAAGGAAGGACACAAUUUACUCGGCGCGCCGACUUUCGAGCAGCUGGAGAAUGGCCGGCUCAAGUGCGUGGAGACCGGCCACGAGCUGCCGCGUCACGCCAGAGACUCCUACGCCGACUCCAAGCACUGCCGUCUGGGGCUCAUCGACGCCGCCCUCGCUCGGAACAAGCCACCCCUCAACAUGUUCAAGCAAGACCCGGCCGCCCGUUCCAAGUUAAUAUGCAGAUUGACGGGGGAUACAAUCAACAAGACGGAGGAACAUAUAUGGAAGCAUAUAAACGGGAAACGUUUUCUGAACAUGUUAGAUAAAAAGGAGGCAGAAAAAGAAGCACCAAAUGGAAAAACGGAGAAGCAGGAAGAGAAGAAGAAGGAAAAGAAGAAAAUCGAGUACGGUUGUUUGAAGAAGAAUAAGAAGAAAAUGGAGGAAGAGAUAGAAAAUAUCGAUGAUAUCAUCAAUGAAGUAAGGGACCCAGCUGGAAAUGGUAGUGAUUCUGAAGAAGAUGAAGCUGACUUUUGGAUGCCCCCAGCAGGUGAACGGUGGGACCAUGAUGAUGGGGGUAAUCGUUGGGGCUCCGAUUCAGAAUCGGGGCCUGGGGCUGAAGAUGAUGAGAAUGAUGAUGAUGACAUGGGAGCUGAAGAGGAUAAGAUUGGAACUGCAGAGAUAUCUAAACGGACAAAGCGAAUGUCUCUAGAAAUUGGGCCUAGUAGCUUUGCCUCAAGGAAGAAGAAGAAGAAGACAGAUGUGGCAUGA